AUGACGCGCGACUCAACAGCAACCUACCUGCACAUGCACUCGUCGCACCACGCCGACCUCCUCGAGCAAUUCACCAACCUCACCUCCUCCCAACUCACCCCGGAAGACAUCUACAUCCCGCCGCACCUCCAACCCGUAAACCCCGAAGACGAAGACGACGUCGUCCCAGACCAACACGCCGCAUUCGGCAUCCAGCGAGCGACACAGACAAAGAAGGAGCCGACAUGGCGGGAUCUAGGUCUUGAUGAACUACUGAGGAGAGGCCCUAUGGUCGGCGGAAGCGGGAGUGGCAGCGGAACGGCGGUUGCGAGCGGUGGUGGGAUUGUUGGGCAGGGAAGAGAGGAGCCGUUGAGGUUGGCUUUGGCCAGGCAGCCCGGUGCGAGGAUGGGAGUUAGAGCGGGGAAUGGGAGUGGUGAGAGUUCUGGGAGUGGGGGUAGUGGCGCGAGUGGUGCUGCUGGGAAUGGAUUGCCGCGAUGA